GGCUCCGCCCGGCUCCCGGGGCCCGCAGCCGGCCGGCACCCACCCCGCGGCGGGCUCCCGCUCGCCCGGACUAUGAGGAGCGGGACCGGGCGGGGGGCGGCGGCAGCGGCGGCGGCGGCGGUAGCAGCCCCGGUGCGACGGGAGCGGGGGCGCCGCCGGCGCCGGCCGGGUCAUGCCCGUGCGCCCGGGGCGGCGGGGCUGCGGGCUGCGGCGGGAUGGGCGCGCUCCGGGCCGGCGCCCUCGCCUUCCUCCUCCUCCUCGGCUGCCUCCUGCCCCGGCGCGGCCCGCUCAGGCUGGUCUCAGGGCGGGAAGAGAUUAAAGCUGCUUCCCGAAGCUCACCCCAGCCCAUGUCACCCUCUGAUUUCCUGGACAAGCUUAUGGGACGAACAUCAGGGUAUGAUGCCCGGAUUCGACCCAACUUCAAAGGUCCGCCCGUCAACGUGACAUGCAACAUCUUCAUCAACAGCUUCGGCUCCGUCACCGAGACCACCAUGGACUACCGGGUGAAUGUCUUCCUGCGGCAGCAGUGGAACGACCCCCGCCUGGCUUACCGUGAGUACCCUGACGACUCCCUCGACCUCGACCCCUCCAUGCUCGACUCCAUCUGGAAGCCAGACUUGUUCUUCGCCAAUGAGAAAGGGGCCAAUUUCCACGAGGUCACCACCGACAACAAGCUGCUGCGCAUCUUCAAGAAUGGCAACGUGCUCUACAGCAUUAGGCUGACGCUGAUCCUGUCCUGCCCCAUGGACCUCAAGAACUUCCCUAUGGACAUCCAGACAUGCACCAUGCAGCUGGAGAGCUUUGGCUACACCAUGAAUGACCUCAUCUUUGAGUGGCUGGAGGAGCAGGAGGCUGUGCAGGUGGCCGAGGGCUUGACGCUCCCACAGUUCAUCCUCAGGGAUGAGAAGGACCUGGGCUAUUGCACCAAGUACUACAACACAGGCAAGUUCACCUGCAUCGAGGUGAAGUUCCACCUGGAGAGGCAGAUGGGUUACUACCUGAUCCAGAUGUACAUCCCCAGCCUGCUUAUCGUCAUCCUCUCCUGGGUCUCCUUCUGGAUCAACAUGGAUGCAGCACCGGCCCGGGUGGGCUUAGGCAUCACCACCGUGCUCACCAUGACCACGCAGAGUGCCGGCUCCCGUGCCUCCCUGCCCAAGGUCUCCUAUGUGAAGGCCAUUGACAUCUGGAUGGCCGUGUGCCUGCUCUUUGUCUUCGCCGCCUUGUUGGAGUACGCAGCCGUCAACUUUGUCUCCCGCCAGCACAAGGAGUUCAUGCGCCUGCGCCGGCGCCAGCGACGGCAGAGGAUGGGCCUGAGCAGCGGGACAGCCAGCCUGGAGUCCCUGCGGCAGCUGAGCGGCUGGCACGGCAGCGAGCACACCUACGCGACGCUCUCCAGCUCCCGGGAGGAAGAGCUUGUCCGCGAGAGCCGCUUCUACUUGCGAGGCUACGGGCUGGGCCACUGCCUGCAGCCAAAGGAUGGGGCUGGGGAGGGCCCUGGCAUCUACAGCCCCCCAACAGCCAGCAUGCUGCUGCGGGAAGGGGAGAGCCUCCGCAGGCGCUACAUCGACCGGGCCAAGCGCAUCGACACCAUCUCCCGAGCUGUCUUCCCCUUCACCUUCCUGGUCUUCAAUAUCUUCUACUGGGUCGUCUACAAAGUGCUGCGCUCAGAGGACAUCCACUCGGUGCCCUGAAACCCAGAAAAGCAUGACUGCCUCUCAGUCUGACCCCCGCAGCGUGCCUAGGCACCACGAGCUCAGCCAGAACCACGUUUCCCUCUGUCCUGGAGCAGCAGCACAGCUGGGCUGGGCCUCGGAGCAUGGACAUAGCAGCCCCCAAGUCCCUUUGGAUGCCAGGGCACUGAGGGGGGGAUCAGCAACCCCAGGUCCCCACGGUCAACUGGAGAGAAAGACCACUCCUGCCUCCUGCAUGGUGUCACCCCCAGGUACCCGGGGAUGCUGUGCUGCCAGGGCACAGGGGAGCCCCUGGUACUUUGGGGUGCUGGACAGCUGGUGGCCAUGGAACACCACCUUCCAGCCAAACACCCUCCAUGUCUGUCUGCUGCUUCUUCAGGCUGCAUCACCGAGCUGUGGGCCAUGAGCAGCCAGGUGAGAGGCUGCAGCCCUCUCUCCUCCCGUGGCCCGGAGCUCGGUUGCAGGAAACAGCAGGCAGCACCCCUGCCUGCACCUGGACUGUGUGGGGUGCUGGCUAUGGCCCCAUAGUCCCCAGUCCAGCAACAGACAGGGCCCCUUUCCUCCCUGCAGAGCCCAGAGCUGCCUAUAAUGCCCGUGGCCGCAGGCAGGACUGUGGCAGGGACACUGGGCAGGAGGCUCCGUUUCCUCCGAGGAAACACCAGCCCUCAGGUGGGCAGCAGGCGAGCCCAGUCUCGCUGAUGGUGAAGGGGCACAGAUGGCCAUUGCAGCAGCAGAUGGGUGCCGUGUGGCACUGCAGAGCCAGCACUGCACUACCUGCAGUGUAGGGCCCACAGCCCAACCUCUGAGGGAGAUUUUUGGGGAUCAAAGUAGUGGGGGCAGCUUGGCUGAUCCCUUUGGAGGAGUAGAGUGAGUGGUGGCAUCCCCAGACUGCUGCGUUCCCACUGCACCACAGUGCCAGCAGAGAGCUGGAGGUGAAAACCACCCCAUUCCCCAGCUUUCUCCCCACCCCAGCGCCCAGGCACGGCGUCCUCUGAGCAGGUUCACCCCUGCUGCUCCUCCACCGGAGCGGAGAGCAUUCGAAACGUCAACAGGACAAGCUCAGCAAGACUUCUAGCCCUCCAGACCUGGAUAUCCUCCGUGCUUAGCAGGAAAUAAAAGCAGUAGGUGAUGUUUAUGUAGGA